AUGGGAGAACUCUACGCUAGGGGGGAUAAGUUCAUGCAGUCUGAGGGCGUGAUGAAAAUUUCUCAGUUCUCUUUUUCCUCAGCCCCUACCAAAAAAGGCUCGAGCGCCUUGGGAAAGACUGAGAAAGACUUACCCCCUCCAAGCAAUAAGCAAAGAAAAGUGGAAGGAAAAAGUGAUAAGAGGAAGGAUGAUCAAUCCAGUAGGAAGACUGACCAGGGUCCAAUCCCACGGUAUAGUUCCUACACUCCACUAAAUAAUUCAUUGCAUAAUAUCCUUCUUGAAGUAAGCCACAGGGAUAUAUUGAAGUUGCCUAAGAAAAUGAGGGCCCCGCCCGAAAAGCAUACUUCGGAUAAAUAUUGUCUGUUCCAUAUGAAUCAUGGCCAUGACACUGAAGAAUGUAGACAUCUCAAGGAUGAGAUCGAAGGUCUCAUUAGGAGAGGCUACCUGAAGCAGUUCACUUCAGAUAAAGAAGAAAAGAGGAGAAGCACCGAUAGCGAUGAUAAGGAUAACGAUCGAAGAAGACAAAGAAGAAGGGAUAGAUAUCCGAACCCACAUGAUGAUGCCCUAGUAGUAGAAGCAGUUAUCACCAACUUCACGGUGAAAAAGGUCCUGGUGGACAAUGGUAGGGCAGCAGAUAUCUUAUUUUAUCAUGCCUUCAGAGAGAUGAAGAUCUCAGAAGAUAAAUUGAAGAGUUUUUUGGUUCCUCUAUAUGGAUUCGCUGGGGAAUCCAUAAUACCCAAGGGAGUCAUAUCCCUACCAGUUACUCUGGGAACCUACCCAAGAACGGUUAUGCAUAUGAUCAAUCUUCUCGUGGUAGAUGUACAGUCCCCCUACAACGCCAUCAUCGGAGAAGUGAAGGGGGACCAGAAGUUAGCUCGAAUGAUUCACUAUACUGAUUUGAAAGAUAAGAAGAAGACCUCCAUAUCAGUCGAAAGCUUAGAUGUUCGGGAAUAA